AUGAACACUCGUCCAGCAAUCGCAGACUCCGAAAGCCCAAUAUCUUUAUCAGUCUCCUUCAAUCAGGAUGCUAGCUGCUUCUCUGUGGGGCUCGAUACUGGGUUUUGCGUCUUCAACUCUGAGCCAUGCGAGCUCAAGGUCUCUCGCGACUUCAACGCUGGUGUUGGGGCAGCCGAGAUGCUGGGAAGAGCCAAUUACCUUGCACUUGUAGGAGGUGGAAGACAACCUAAGUUCCCCCAAAACAAGAUUCUGACUCGUGUCAAGGUAACAAUAUGGGAUGACAAUAAGCAGCAAGGGAAAUUCACACUCGAAUUCCGGUCGCCUGUGCUUCGAGCACGAAUAUCUCGAUCCCGCAUCAUAGUCGCUCUUCAAAAUAGCACCCACAUCUACAGAUUUUCUGCGCCCCCCGAGAAACUCUCUGUCUUUGAAACGGCUGACAACCCUCUCGGGCUAUGUUGCCUUGGGUCAGAAUUGAUUACCUUUCCUGGUCGCUCGAUCGGCCAAGUACAAAUGGUCGAGAUUUCGACGGGAAAUGUCAGCAUCAUACCUGCGCACAGUACUGCUUUACGAGCCAUGGAACUGAGCCCGGAUGGUGAGAUUCUUGCGACUGCUAGUGAGACUGGAACAUUAGUCAGAACCUUUUACACCCGCAACUCUGCGCGAAUGGGAGAGUUACGUCGAGGCGUCGACCACGCAUUCAUUUACUCAAUAGCAAUAUCACCAAAUGGCAAACAACUUGCUGUUACAUCUGACAAGGGAACACUACAUAUAUUUGACUUACCUGGCGCGUCAAGCUCCCGAAAUAGCUCAAGAACUCGAGGUCGGCCACAUAAAGAUUCAAAUUCUGGUAUCAAUGGCAACGAGGAGGUCGUAAACCAGAAAUGGGGAGUAUUAGGCAAGAUACCUCUCUUGCCAAGAGUAUUCUCUGAUACCUAUUCCGUCACUUCCGCUCAGUUUGAGGUGGAAGACAACCCAAACGUGCCUUUCAGCAACUCAAACUUGAUACCCAUACCUGGAAUACCUGGUGGUAAGCCCCAGAAAGGUAUUAUUGGCUGGAAGGACGAUCAUACAAUACUAGUCUUAGGUGCUGGUAGAGAUGGAAGGUGGGAGAAAUUCAUAUUAGGCGAAGUUAUCGAGCGUAUCGGACGGGCGCUUCUGUUCAACGACAAACCUGUUCUGAUCACUUCGUUAAUUCUCGAUCUUCACCAUCUUCGACCCAAUAUUCACUGGCGGACAGUGAACAGGGCCUUCUCUCAGCAACCACACAUGAAAUACCUCCAGAUAAAGGGCCUCCACGACCUACCGAUUGUCUCUCGAAGAAAUGGUUUUGAUGGUUUCAUAAACGACAGACCUGAUAAUCGCCUUCGUGACCUUCGAAUCAUGUCACCACCACCAUCAGACGUCUCGUUGCAAGGCUUCCCAAUUCGAAUGCUAGCCGACCUUCCGUUUCUAGACUCUCUAACACUCGAGCUACCAGACUCGUCGCAGCGGAUGCUCGACAACCUCUUCCGAGUCCUCCGGGACGGGUCAAAUAUGCUAAGUCGUCUCCUCAGCACAUUCAUCCUAGCCAUACCACCCAAGCAUUCGCCUACAGAAUCGGCAUAUAGAACGAUAGAUUUAAGCGACUUUAUCAACACUACCACUCUCGCCAUUCCUGCUCCCUUCUUAUACUGGGACUGCUUCGCCAGCGAGGUUAAUAUGACACGGCUACCGCCGCGGUUAAAGAAGCUCCAGUUGCAAGUCUUAGUCCGCGCUUGCAUCCCUUUCGCGGCCGAUCGCGCAGGAGCUAUUUGGUUCGUCAAUUAUCAAAUUGAGCAAAUUCAAGAGAAUCUGACGAUUCUCAUGGACUGGAUUGGGAAGGGAAGGAUGAAAGUGGGAUGGCUAGGGAUUUGGUGGUCUCAUAGCCAUGACACGGAGCCUAUGGCGGGAGAUUCGACAAUAGAAUGGGAGAAGCUGAAGGGGAAUUUGCGCAAGAGACAUGGAAAGGACGUGGACACUAUCGAGUGUCAAGAACUGAAAGAUACACCCAUUGUGAUGGAGCAGGCAGAUUGA